CAUCAACACAUCGACCCACGCGACUCCUGAGGAUGAGUUCAGCUUCCGUACGACGUUUAUAGGCACACAAAGAACAGCGUCAAUAAUUCUUUGACCUCAUGGCUGCAUCGGGCAGAGCGUUUCACGUGGAAGCGCUGUAAGGAGCACCCUUGCGAUGCACCACUUUGUUUGCGUAGCCUAGGCGGCCCACGACAGCAUUGCCUUUGCGUCUGAUGAUGGUUUGAUGCAAAAUACUAAUGAGGCUUGAUCAUGGUCGUGGUUGCACCUUCAUAUCGGGUCGCUCUCGUCCCAUCGUCAUUUAUCAUUGAUCAAGAGAUCUAACCUUACACAAUGAUACCCGCACUUCGAAGAAGAGACGAUGGCUCAUAUCCGGAGGGAGGUGUGUUCUACAAGUGCAACUAUUUCCGUGGUUGCUGCACGAUAGACCCAUGCAUGCCAGGUAGUACCUGUCCUGCAGACGAGGACCGGACUCCAGGGCGAUCCUCAGAUGCACCGUCAUCUACCCUGAUCGCAUCGAUAUCGAUCACCUCGAUCACCUCGAUGACUUCUUCAAUGGUGUCUCGAACAACCUCUGGGCCGGCCCUUGACACUGGAUUUACGAUUAGCUUAGAGAAGCCCUCGUUGAAGACUGUCACACAGAGUCCAUCAGCCAUAGCGACAUCAUCUACCAACGCGCCAGUACCAGCGGACCACGCUCAAUCCUCGAUUAUAGCGCCCGUGGUCGGUGCAGUGCUAGGCACAGUCAUCUUGUGUGCAUUGCUUGCCUCAAUACUCCUGUACCUCAGAAGGAGACGGCGGACGAAGGUAUAUAAAGCGGCAUCAUAUCCUUCUCCCUUAGUUGGUGACGACAUGACAUCGCAAUUAUCAAGUAAGCCCAUGUGUUACGCUUUGGUCUUUGGUACACGAUAUUAUUUGAAGUCAGGGAAAGCAUCUACCCAAUUCCAGCAGAAAAUAGCAGCACUCUACAGAGCAGACUCUAUCACGAAACCAGAAAAUCCACCACAGCUAGGCAGUCGAGAGAUAGGUCAGCAUGAACUCCAUCGCAACGCCUCGAUGGCACGUCUCUCUGAGCUUCCCGCUGAGCCAAUACCAUGGCCAGGCCAUGCUGCCCACGGCUAGACCUUUCUUCAAUCAUGAUGAUAUUACAACAGAAGCCUCAUGACACCCAACAUCCAUAGAUACCCCAUAGCUCAGGUAGCUUAGAAACUUCGAGAUGGCACUAGCACAACAGAUGGAGUUCUUGGUGUGAUGCUC